AACAGCAGUUGAUAGAUGAAAAGUUCUAGAGUAAAAGCAUAAAGUCUCGCAAAAUGGAAAUUCUAAGAAAGUACCAGUGCCUCAAAUCUUCCAGAAGAGAGAAACCCGGGGGCCAUUCAGCCAGCAUGGAGGGGAAGCAGGGUUUUCUCCUUGGCCUCAUCAUGGCAGCGUGUUUCUAUGGCAACACCGCUCAGAAAACAGUCUGCACGCAAGAGGCUGUAGCUGACAUCGUAUUCAUGGUCGACGGGUCGUGGAGUAUCGGCACCGACAACUUCGAGCAGAUCCGUCAGUUUCUGUACACGCUGGUCAACAGCUUCGAUGUUGGGCCCGACCAUGUCCGCAUCGGCCUGGUCCAGUACAGCAACACUCCACGCACAGAGUUCCUGUUCAACACCUAUCAGAACAAACAGGACAUACUCCAGUACAUCAGCAAAUUACCUUACAUGGGGGGCGGCACCCAGACAGGGCAGGGUUUGGAUUUCAUGCUGAAAGAGCACUUUCUGGAGGCAGCUGGAAGCCGGGCCGGCCAAAACGUGCCGCAGAUUGCCGUGGUUAUCACUGACGGCAAAUCGCAAGACAAUGUGGAGUCCCACGCCCAGGAUCUGAAGAGGAAGGGAAUUGUUUUGUAUGCAAUCGGUAUCAAAGAUGCAGAUGAAGAGCAGCUGAAAGAAAUAGCGAAUGAGCCCCACAGCCAGCACGUCUACAGCGUGUCCGAUUUCACAGCUCUGCAGGGAAUUUCUCAGAGCAUCGUCCAGACGCUGUGCACAACUGUAGAGGAAGCCAAACGACAAAUCCUGCAAUUGUCUCGAGAAUGUGCCAAAGCCACUGUGGCCGACAUCGUCUUCCUUGUCGAUGGCUCCUCAAGCAUCGGCAACCAAAACUUUCAAGAGGCCCGGCGGUUUCUCCGCAGUGUCAUCACAGGCCUCGACAUUGGCCCUGACAAUGUUCGGGUCGGCUUGGCACAGUACAGUGACGAACCUUACCAAGAGUUCCUGCUGAAGGAUCACAUGGACAAGCAAUCCCUGCUGGCUGAGAUUGACAAAUUUCCCUACCGAACAGGAGGCACGCAAACAGGCAAGGCCAUUGAAUUCCUCCUGCAAAAUUACUUCACAGAGGUGGCCGGGAGCAGAGCCAGUCAGCGAGUUCCUCAGAUCGCUCUGAUCAUCACAGAUGGUGAUUCCACGGAUAAUGUGACGACUCCUGCCCAGCAUCUGAGGCAGCACGGGGUCAUUGUGUUUGCCAUCGGGGUGGGACAAGUCAACCAAAAGGAACUCCGGCACAUCGCCAGCCAGCCUGCAGAGCGCUUCCUCCUCACCACUGACAGCUACCAGGCUCUGGAGAGGCUGAGGGAGGGUCUGCUGCAAACUGUUUGUGUCUCCAUGGAGGAUCAGAGGCAAGCAUUGGCACAAAAGUUUGCAGACAUUGUCUUCCUGGUGGACAGCGGCAUGAGUUCAGGAGAUUUUCAGCAAGUCAGGACCACCCUCAUCCGACUGGUCAAUCAACUUAACAUCGGAGAAUCUGCCAUCCGUUUUGGCUUGGCUCAGUAUGGUCAAGAUACCAAGGUGGAAUUUUUUCUCAACUCUUACAAAACCAAAGAAGAUACCUUGUCCGGUGUCAAGCGUUUCCGCCAGCGCCGACUGCAACCCAACGAGCAACGUCGCCUGGGCAGUGCACUAGACUAUGCAAGGACUAACCUUUUCAGCAGUGAGAAAGGAAGCCGGGCAGACCGAGGCUACCGACAGUACCUGGUUGUUCUAAGUGGAAAAGACUCCGAUGAUCCUGUGUAUAAGCAGUCACGUUUGAUCAAAUCAGAAGGAAUAAUUGUGGUGGGAAUGAGCCUUGGCGCAUCGAUGGACGAAAUUCGUCUCAUAGCCACAGGACGCUACACGUUCCCCUCUAUCAGUAACACAGUACCUGCACUGAAGGCUAUUUUCGAAAAAGAGGAGGAGGAACUCACUCCUACUGAAGAUUGUAAAACAGCCAAACUGGCAGACAUCGUGUUCAUUGUUGAUGAGUCGGGAAGCAUUGGAACUGCCAACUUCCAGCUGGUGCGCAGUUUCCUGCACUCAAUUGUGAGCGGCUUGGAAGUCAGCCCAGGUAAAGUCCGAGUUGGCAUUGUGAUGUACAACGACAGGCCGACAGCACAGGUCUACCUUGACAGCUUCGAUGACAGGAAAGAAUUGCUGAAGUUCAUCAAAAUCCUGCCUUACCGUGGAGGUGGUACAAGCACUGGAGCUGCCCUAAAGUUCACCCGGGAGAAUGUUUUUGUCAAGGAAAGAGGAUGCAGGAAAGAUAAGGGCAUUCAACAGGUGGCAGUGGUGAUCACAGAUGGUGAAUCCCAGGACAAUGUGAGCAAAGAAGCAGCUGAUCUACGUCGGGCUGGUGUCACUGUUUACUCUGUAGGAGUCAAAGCUGCCAAGGAGACCGAACUGAAAGAGAUGGCGUCCUAUCCCCACAAAAGGCAUGUGUUUAAUGUGGACAGUUUUGUCAAACUGAAAUCUCUGGAGCAGAGCCUGCAGAAAAUUAUUUGCGUUAACAUCCUUCGCAAGGCCAUCUCAGUCAAUACAAGAAGAACUGGCAUCAAAAAAGGCUGCCUAAAAACAGAUGAAGCAGAUAUCUUCUUCCUGAUUGAUCAUUCAGGAAGUAUUCAACCCUUAGAUUUCCAAGACAUGAAGAAGUUCAUCAUUGAGUUUCUUCACACCCUCCAUAUUGGGCCAAAACAUGUUCGCAUUGGGGUUGCAAAAUUUGCAGGUUCGCCAAACAUAGAAUUUGAUCUGACAGCCUACUCAGAUGCCCAGACACUGGAGAAAGCUGUGGAGGGUAUCCGACAAAUAGGAGGCGGGACAAACACAGGAGAAGCGCUGGAAUUCAUGGUGCCACAGUUUAAGAAAGCAGUGACAACUCGUGGGUACAAAGUCAAAGAGUACCUGGUGGUCAUCACUGAUGGAAAAUCCUCUGAUAAUGUCAAGGCUCCUGCAGACAAACUGAGGGCGGAGGGUGUCAUCGUCUAUGCCAUCGGGGUGAAAAACGCAGAUGAAAAUGAGCUGCUAGAGAUUUCCGGCAACCCCGAGAGGACUUUUUUUGUCAGUAAUUUUGAUUCUCUAAAGCUCAUCAAGGACGACGUCAUCACAGACAUCUGUUCUCCAGAUGCUUGCAAAAACAUACCAGGCGACCUCCUCUUUUUGAUUGACAGCUCUGGGAGCAUCUAUCCAGAAGACUAUAAUAAAAUGAAAGACUUCAUAAAAUCUGUCAUUAGCAAGUCCUUCAUCGGGAAGAAUGAGGUGCAUGUUGGUGUCAUGCAAUUCAGCAGUAUCCAACAACUAGAGUUCCCCCUCAACCGUUACUACAGCAGAGAAGAAAUGUCCAAUGCCAUUGAUCAGAUUCAGCAGAUUGGGGGUGGCACACUCACAGGUAAAGCCAUCGAUGAUGUGUCGAAGUAUUUCGAUGAAAGCGAAGGAGGGCGUUCUGGCCUGCGUAGGAGUCUGAUAGUGAUAACAGAUGGUGAGGCCCAAGAUGAGGUGAAAGGCCCCGCUGAGGCUCUGAGAGCCAAAGGAGUGGUGGUUUAUGCCAUUGGGGUUGUGAAUGCCAACACCACUCAGCUGCUGGAGAUCAGUGGCUCACCAGACAGGACAUUUUCUGAGAAGGACUUUGACGCUCUGAAUGACUUGGACAGCCAGGUGGCCUUGGAGCUCUGUAAGACAGAAUGUUGGACAAUAGAAAAAGCUGAUAUUAUUUUCCUGGUGGACGGCUCCACAAGCAUAACUUCGGUCAAGUUUAAAAGCAUGCAGAGGUUUAUGGAGUCAUUGGUGAACCUAACCACAGUUGGAGAAAAACGGACUCGCUUUGGGGUCAUUCUCUACUCCACCAACCCCAGGUCCGUUUUUACUCUUAAAGAUUAUACAUCUAAACGAGAUGUUCUUCAAGCAAUAGCAGCACUCAAGUCCCCAACUGGAGACACCUACACUAGCAAAGCCUUGGCAUACUCGUUACAGUUCUUCGAUGCUGAAAAUGGUGGUCGGGCAAAAUCAAAGGUGCCUCAGAUUCUCAUGGUGAUCACAGAUGGGGAUGCUACUGACCGUAAUGAUCUGGUUGCCCCGUCCACGGAGCUGCGAAAAAAUGGGAUCCAAGUCUUCAGUAUUGGAGUGGAAGGAGCGCAAAUGGAACAGUUACAGAUCAUGGCUGGUAAUGACAAAUCCAGAGUUUUCUAUGUGGACAAUUUUGAAGCACUGGAAACUCUGCAAAAGAAUAUUUCUGAACGCCUCUGCAACUUCACCAAUCCAGCUUGUGAAAAACAGCAAGCUGACCUGGUCUUCCUAAUCGAUGAGUCUGGCAGCAUUAGCCAAGAUGAUUACACCAUCAUGAAGAACUUCACAGUAGAUCUACUGAAAAGCUUCAAAGUCGGUGCAGAUUUAGUGCGUAUUGGACUUGGACAGUUCAGCGACUCAUUUCGGGAUGAGUUUCACCUCAACCGUUUCUACACCGAGCAAGAAGUGACCAAGCACGUCUUGAGUAUGGAGCAGAGGCAUGGAGGAACCAAGAUUGGAAUGGCCUUGGAUAAGAUCAUGGAAUAUUUUGAGGCGUCAAAGGGUGGCCGUAGAGAUCAAAAAAUCUCCCAGAAUCUAGUAUUGAUCACAGAUGGCGAAUCGCAGGAUGACGUGGAAGAUGCAGCCGACCGUCUCAGGAAUCUGGGGAUAGAGGUGUUUGCCAUCGGCAUUGGAGACGUCCAUGACCUGCAGCUACUGCAGAUCACUGGCUCACCGCAGAGGCUGUUUACUGUGCAGAACUUUGGUAGUUUGGAAAAAAUCAAGCAAAAUGUGGUCAACACCAUCUGCGAAUCCCCACGGAGUAGCUGUUCCAUUGAUAUCGCAGUGGGAUUUGAUAUUUCCCAAAGAACCGGAGCUCCCGGUGAGAUGCUGACCAGCGGCCACCCCAAGCUCCACAAAUUCCUGCCGGAGAUCGUCCAUUAUAUUUCCUCAGUAAAAGGCCUGUGCUGCAUCAGCCCUGAAUCUGUCCCGACCAACAUUGCCUACCGGCUGGUGGAUCGUGAUGGACUCAUGAUCGAUGACUUCAACUUUGAACCCUACAGCAAAGAAGUGUUGAUGAAAGUCAUGACGUUGAAUUUGAGGGUUCCCACUUAUUUCAACACCGGCCUGCUGACAUCCUUUGAGCAAAAGUUCAAGGCUGAAUCGGGAGCUGGAGUGAAGGUGCUGUUGAUCUUCUCAGACGGACUCGACGAAAGCGUGGAGAAACUGGAGGAUGGAUUAAACUCGCUGCGAAAGUCUGGUGUCAGCGCUUUGCUGACUGUGGCUUUGGAGGGAGUGCGUGACCCCACCCAGCUGCAGAGGGUGGAGUUUGGUCGAGGAUUCGGCUACAAACUUCCCCUGAGCAUCGGCAUGCCGAGUGUCGGCAGCACCGUCCUCAAACAGAUUGACACGGUGGCAGAAAGGGAGUGCUGCAGCGUCACGUGCAAAUGUUCAGGACACGAAGGCAUCCGCGGAUCUCGGGGCCCCCCGGGGACAAAGGGUGUGACCGGACAGAAGGGUUACGCCGGAUUCCCAGGAGAGGAGGGCGUUGUUGGCGACCGGGGGCCUCCCGGACCCAGUGGACCUCAGGGUGUCGAGGGAUGUUCUGGCAUCAGAGGACUAAAGGGCUACAGAGGCCUCCGAGGAAACAGGGGCGAAGACGGAGAGGACGGACUGGACGGAGUCAAUGGAGAACAGGGAGUGAAGGGAAGCGGCGGCGCUCAAGGAGAGAGGGGAGACCCGGGAAACCCAGGUAUCCCAGGUAUCAGAGGGGAGGAGGGGCUGAAAGGACAGCGAGGGCUGAGAGGAGAUCCGGGCGAAUCCGGCGCUGACAACACUAUCCAAGGAGCCAGAGGAGACCCCGGCAACCCAGGUUUACCGGGCCGACCUGGACUGGACGGGCAGCCGGGUGAGAUGGGAGUCCUUGGAAACCAGGGUCCAGAUGGAAGGAGAGGGUCGCUCGGCGACAAGGGUACACCUGGAAAGCCUGGAGCUCUGGGUCUACUAGGCAGCCCAGGAGCUUCUGGUCCACAGGGUCCCAGAGGGGUCAGAGGGCAACCUGGACUGAGAGGAAUCCCCGGCCUUCCUGGACCUCAGGGUGAACCAGGAACAGCUGGAGAUCCAGGUUCAGCCGGACGCCGUGGAGCUAACGGACAGAAGGGUCAACCAGGAGAUCCAGGUGUUAAGGGUAGUCCAGGAUCACUGGGCGCCAGAGGGAUACCGGGUCAGGAUGGUAAAGAUGGUUAUGGACCUCCAGGACCUCAAGGUGUCAAGGGAGAUCCUGGUUUCCCUGGUUAUCCCGGCCUACUGGGUGAGGACGGUCUGCAGGGACCCAAAGGAUAUCCAGGACCUGAGGGGAACCGAGGUCGAAGGGGGAACUCGGGCCUUUCCGGAGACUCGGGAAUACCCGGAGAAGAGGGAUAUCCGGGACACAGAGGUCCCAGAGGUUCUCCUGGACACAAAAGCAUGACUGAGUGUCAGCUGAUCACCUACAUCAGAGAGAACUGCGCUUGUUCCAUCGGUCAAUCAAAGUGCCCGGCCUACCCCACCGAGCUGGUGUUUGGUCUGGACAUGUCAGAGGAUGUGACCCCCGUCGCUUUUGAGAGGCAGCGCGCCGUUCUCCUUUCUCUGCUGGAGGACAUCACCAUCGCUGAGAGCAACUGUCCAACAGGUGCCCGGGUUGCUGUGGUGGCAUACAGUGCCCACACCAAGUACCUGAUCCGCUUCCACGAUUACCGCCAAAAGAAACAACUGAUCGAAUCCGUGAAGAAUAUCGCCCUGGAGAGGACGUCCAACCGACGCCAACUAGGGGGCGCCAUGCGCUUUGUGGGUCAGAACGUCUUCAAACGUGUCCGAGCAGGAAUGAUGAUGAGGAAGGUUGCGGUUUUCCUUUCUAACGGGCCUUCACAGGACAUUAAUGACAUUGUUACUGCCGUAAUGGAGUACCAGGCCAUUAACAUCGCCCCAGCCAUCAUCUCUCUGAGGAAUGCUCCUGCUGUUAGUCGAGCCCUGGAGGUCGACGACACAGGAAACUCCGUCUUCUUAGUGCUGGGGAGGGACAUGGCUGCUGACCUGAGUAAGGUCAGGAACUGUGUAAUCUGUUACGACCCCUGCCACCGUUCAGAGGAAUGCGCCUUCAUCCAGGAACCCGGGCAGCCUCAAGAGGUCGAUGUGGACCUGGUCAUGGUGGUGGACAGCUCCAGGGAGAUUCAGUCUGACGAGUACGCGGGCAUCCAGCAGCUGCUGGGCUCUGUGGUGGAACAGCUGGCUGUGACUUCAAAGCCCCACCGAGCCGGCCACCAGGCCCGGGUGGCUCUGGUUCAGCAGGCCAAGGUUCCCAAGGUGGAGUUUGACCUGCAGACCUACCAUAACCACAGUGUGAUGAAGAGGCACAUGAUCCAGAACAUGCAGCAACAGGGCGGCUCAUCUGCACUGGGACACACGCUGGAGUUCACCCUGAAGGAGGUGUUCCUGAAGGCCAGCCAGCCCCGCAAGAGGAGGGUGCUGCUGGCCGUGGUGGCCACCCAGACGGCUUCGGCGGACUUGCACAGGCUGCAGCACAUCUCUAAGAUGGCCCAUUGUGAGGGAGUGGCGCUGUUUGUGGUGGCCGUAGGUGACGGCUACAGCCAGACGGAGGUGGUGAAGCUGGCCAGUCAGCCCUUACAGCAGCACCUGAUCCACGUCAGCAGACUGAGGGCCGACGAGCAGGGCUACGCCCAGCGCUUCUUCAGAGUCUUCCUCUCUGCCCUCAACAAGGGAUUUAACAAGUAUCCUCCUCCAACGUUAAAACAGACCUGCGCCCUGCUGGCCGGUCAACAGGAAGGAGACAUAUUCAUAAAUGGUCAGGGGCAGGUGGACCUGGAGGAGUUUGAGGAGGAGGUGCAGGAGGAGGUGGAGGAGAGGUUUCAGGAGCAGGUGAGAGGACAGACUCAGACCGAUCAGCCGGACACCGUCGAGACUCUGACCAGAGGAGACGACCAGAGAUUCGACUCGGGAGCCGAUCUCAACGCCCGCUGUCAGCUGGAUGCUGAUAUCGGUUUCCAGUGUGAGGACUAUGUCCAAGUAUGGUACUAUGACACACACAUCGGUGCAUGCUCUCCCUUCUGGUAUGGCGGCUGCGGCGGUAACGCCAACCGCUUUAACACGGAAAAUGAAUGUUUCCGGACAUGUGGCACCAAUAAUCCGGACAUCCUGCCGAGGCCAGAGCUGGUCACCGUGGUCUCCGAAGAUGCCUGUUUCCGCAGCCAGGACCCCGGCGGCUGCCAGAACUACACCAUGAUGUGGUUCUUUGACAGCGAGAAGAACGAAUGUUCCCGCUUCUGGUACGGCGGCUGCGGCGGCAACGAAAACCGCUUCAAGACACAAGAGGAGUGCGAGAACCUCUGUCUGACAAAGAGUUGAUGAGAAGGAUGUCACCAGAUUGGUUGGAAAACUUUAGGAAACAUGCAUUUUCAAGGAAAAUACCAAGGCGAGCUAAAGAAUAACUUAAAAGCCUUUACUCACAGCUGAGCCGGUUCUGGGACCAUUGAACUGCUAACUUGUUUCGACCAAAACACCUUCAGGGAAAGUUUAAACUGUCCCGAAGCUCAGCAGGCGAUUUGAAGGCUUUUUUUGUAAUUUGUCGUUGCCUUUGAUUUUUUUUUUUCUUAAACGUGCAUGUUUUGUCUCCCCCACAGCACCUUCUGUUCUUGAGUACUCUCAGAACUCUUUUAAAAACCUUCACCAAACCUUAACUGUUGGACGCUGGCUAAACAUAACCGACACUCAUCUGACUCCAAAGCUGUAGAACACUUUUUUCAGGUUACUUUGCUCUUCUUCAGAUUCAGGUGCUAUUUUUAUAAAGCAGGUGGGGGCUGAUGUAAAAACAAGUUUGUAUAGGUUUAGAAUGGAUGCUUGAAGGAAUCAAAUCAGAAAUGGCAAACAUUAAAAUGAGUUUAUGUAAGUGAGCUUGGUAUCAACUACACAGUAUUUUCCAUAACUGAUCAUAAAUGGCUGAGUCGACUAACAACCGGCUGCUUUCUUUUUUUUAAGUAGCUGAAAGAUAAACAAUGACUGAACCUGAACGUUUCAGGGAUUGAAACUCUGCAGAUCUUUUCCAGUAAAGAUUGUAAAUUUGAAAGGCAUUAAAUCACAAAACCCUUUCUUGUAACCUUAGGAUUUCAAUUUAAGAAGACUUCUCCCAAGAUAGGGACAGAAAUCAUUUUUCAGAAAUCUCAUGAUCACUGCUCAGUGCCGGCGCUCACAUAUUUAGCAACGUUAGUUGUAUUUGAGUUUAAAGAAAAUACGACUAUAAGAGUUCUACAUUUCAAAGUCUUGGUCUUAAUUGCUUUUGGUUAUGAGGAUCUUUUACUCAAGACUUUAAUGCUGAGAUGUCAGGAUGAGGAAACAGCGGUAGACAUGACUUUACACCCUAAAAACGGCAUCUUGGGACAUCGUUUGGACGUCGUCGCUGGUUAGAAGUAUUAGCUUUUCAUUUUCUGGAACAUCAGUCUGAUGUUGCAUGACCUGGAGGGAAAAAAUGAAAAAUGUUUGUUAAGGGCUUGAAAAACCCAAAGCGACUGAUGAACAUAAUAUGUUCAUUAUUGAUUAAUCUGCUGAUUAUUUUUUUGAUUAAUCAAUCGAUUUGUCUGUAAAAUGCCAGAAAGUAGUUAAAAAUGUCUAUAAUUUCCCACAGACCAAGGUGCUGUAUUCAGAUCUUUUGUUUUGACAAAGAAAAGCAUCAAAUCCUCCUAUUUGAGGAGCUAGAUUUUAGAUUUUUGCUUUAACAAAUGCCUAAAUUGAUAAGUCAAUUAUCAAAAUAGAUUCUGUUGAUCAGCUACAUGGUUAAUGGACUAGUCGUUGCAGCUCUUCUUGGGACUCGACUGCCUCGAUUUUGCCCUUGGCUUGGCGCUUAAGCUGCCGGUGUACGCCGUUAAACUCGGUUAAACAGCUAUGAUUUGUUUUUGGUCGGACAGCACCUUGUAUGAGCCGUCUGUUUCUACUGUGUACUGGAAAACAAAUAUCCAAAAUAUCCAGAAAGAUCCGAAAACAUUCCUCAGGUGAAAAGAUAUCUUGAACUAUAUCAAAAUCUGUCUUUACCAACCUGCGAUGCAUCAUGUCAACUGUAGAAUGAAAACUCUCCUCAGGUCACCAAAACUCACAGAAAUUCCUAGAAAACAAUACUGAAGAACUCAGAACUCGAGAGUCCCCAUUUUUAGGUUUACGCUCCCUGGACCUGUUUGAAGCCUGUGACACGGACUGUGUAGUUGCUCUGUACUCUUAUUUACUGUUGUUUCAGCAUCCUCACAUCUAAGCAAGAAGUUAGUGGAUAAAAUGUCACAACCGCUGACCAGAACUUUGAAAUUAAGAGCCAGGAUUUUUCUUUAAAAGGUGCUAUGUGUAAGUUUUUGCUAUGGCUACGUAGCCAACGUUAGCAUUAGCAGGUGUUUCCUCACCGGUCUAGAAGAAACGUUGUGAGUUCAGCAUCAAACUUCAUUCCUUCACUCACCAGGAGCCGUCUCCAGCGGUGGAAAACAACAGCAACGUUAACUCUUGUUUUCCUUCUGCUUGUAUCACUUCUUGUCUUUGUUGCUGCAUGUGGUUUCUUGCCUUGAGUCGGUGGUGGUGGUGGUGACCAAUCUGGUCCCUUGCCAAGAGCUUCAGCCAUUGUUGCGGUUCACUGACUCAUCGCCAAGAGGUCGGACUAAGUCCUCUGGGCAGCGCUACCUCUUGAUCCUCUCACGUUGAACUGAGGGGAGGCUGAAUGCUACAGUGACUCACUAUCGCCUCUUGAGGCACAAUGUGGUAUAACGAGACGGGACAGGCUAUGGCUAGUUUAGCAUGCUAACUUCAGUAGAUAUCUCUGUAACACGAUACGCAGACGUCUCUGACAUAAUGUCACAACUGUCAUUUCUUCACAUUCUGUUGAUAAUUUUAGUUCAUUUUUGAAUGUUUUAUACCAAUAUACUUACAUAUAGCACCUUUAAUAAUCGUUAAAAGGUUCAAACUGAACUCGAGCUUCUGCUGUUACAAAGAUGCUGUUUAAGGGCAGCCUGUGAAAAUAGGACAGAUCAUUGCUCAUUGUUGUCUGGGUUGACGGGGGGAGUUCAAUGUGUAGUUUCUCAUGUCUGUUCAGUUUCUGAUUUAUUCUGCAAAUAUAAACAUUUCUUGGAGCAGCUGCAGAACAGCUUGAGUCCAAGUUUCAGCCUUAAAAGGUCUGAAAUGUCUUUCUCUGCUCCGAAUGGCGAGGUUCCGGCCUGUGUCAUGCUCUGUCUCACUGUUUGGAAAUGGAAAUCACUGUCUGUGGUUUAUCAAACCGACCCAUGGUGCUUCAUGUAAAAAAAACAACAUUAAUAAAAGACUUCA